AUGACCAAGCCCAUCCCAAUGGCCUUACUCUAGAACAAAAUAGGCUCUUAACCUUAUCAUGAGGUAAAAAAGUUAAAUCUUUGGGGAAUAGAUUGUGAGGAUGCACCUUCUCUCACUAUGUUUCCUAACCUUUAAAUUCUCUAAUUAUCAAGAAAUUAGAUUAGAACCUUGAAACAUAUAAGCGGAUUAAAGUAAUUAAAAGAACUUUAUCUUGAGAAAAAUAAUAUUAAAGAUAUUAAAGAAUUAGAGUAUUUAAAAGAAUUAUAUAACCUACGAGUUUUAAGUUUGAUAGAAAAUCCUGUUGUGAAGCAUCCUGAAUAUAAAAAAGUGGCUUUAAAGCAUUGUUUAGCAUUGCAAGUGCUGGAUGAAUUCAAAAUAUUGGAAUAGGAUCGAUAAUUCUUAAAAGAGCAAGAAUUGUCUGUUUAAGAUUUAUAAUAGAAUUUGGAUGCUAAUUCAAAUCAGAUGGAUACAAAAGAAAAUCAAAAUGAAAAGCAAGUUAUUGCUUCCAAAAAGAAAGUUAAAGGAAUAAAAAAGUUGAAAGUGGAACCUAAAUCUUCUUAAUCAUCUAAUCAAUCAAUAAAUGGGUCAAAAAAUAGGCUUGAUAUUCAUUCCUAAUUGAUAUAAAAUACUAAUGAUGAUGAUAAAAUAAAUCAAUUUAAUUCAAAACCCUCUCAAUAAUCUAGGAAAAAUACCUAAAAGUGCAUCACAAAAACUAAAGCCAAAAUGACUAAAAAAUAAGCUGAACCUUAACCCCAAUACAUUGAAUUAGGAUCAGAUUCAGAUUGUUCUUAAUCCAAUAAAAUCAAAACUAAAAAGAGCACUUUGAAAAAGUUAAAAAAGUUAUCAGAUAUAUCUGAGUAGAAUAGCCAGCUAGUAUAAUCUAAUCAGAAUGCAGAGGAACAAGAAAAGGAUCUUUAAGAAUCUCAGAAGUCAAUUCGACAAGAAAACAGCGAAGAGGAUGAAGAAAAUCAAAUAGAUAGUAGAGAUGAAAAAUUAAGUCAGCAUUUGCUUUCAGUUAUAUAAAACUUAAUAAAGUUUAUUGAUAAAACCGCUUUGUAAUGCUUAUAUUAGAUUUUAUGUGAGAAAGAUAAAUGA